GUAUGGCGCCCAUCCUGAUGAUGGUGGUGAUAAGGGGUGGACGCCCUUGUUUGUGGCAGCUUUGACGGGGCAGGAGGAUACUGUCGCUUUGUUGUUGUCAUAUAGUGCAUGCAUAAACGAGGUGAAUCCUGUGGAUGGUCGAACGCCCCUGCACGCGGCUGCUGAGGUCGCGGCGAUUGAUGUGGUUGAGAUCCUCUUGAGACAUGGUGCUGAUGUACAUGCUAGGGAUGUUCAUGGAAAGACGCCGGCUGAAACGGUUGGUGUCGGGUUGGGCCCCGAGGUUUUGGCACAGCUUCAUGAGGAAGGGCUAUUGGCCGAAGGGGAUAUGGUCGAUGAUGAGGAGCUGAUGAGGUUGAUGAUAGAACAUCCUAGGGCGAAGGCUGUUCGAGAG